AGGAGCAAAAGGCAUCGCCGGCGGCCGCGUCAAUGCCUUCACCUUCACGCAAGCGGCGGGGUGGUAUGUGGCUACCGAGCUUCCAGGACCUGCGAAGGAGGAAGAAGCGCCGCCAUGGUCCCUGCGUGGCUCGUCGCCGCCCGCUUCGCCUUACUGAGCCGCUUCUCUCCGCUCCCCGCGGCGGCGGCUCGGCUUUAUUCGGGCGUAGGGAGGGAACCGGCUGGCGAUGGGAGCAGCGGGGCCACCGCCAUGCUCCGGCACUUGGUGCGGAAGCUGCGGGCCACCGGGGCGGUGACGGUGGCGGAGUACAUGCGGGAGGCGCUCACCAACCCCGGGCAGGUGUGAGGCGGGACGGGACGGGGCGAGAUCACCUCUUCUUCCUCGCCCCUCACCGCUGCCCCGGCCCUUCUCCCCCGCAGGGUUACUACACACGCGGCGGCGGCAUCGGAGGAAGCGGGGAUUUCAUCACCUCGCCUGAAAUAAGUCAGGUGUUCGGAGAGUUAAUAGGAAUAUGGUAUAUUAGUGAAUGGAUGGCCACAGGCAAACCUAAAGCAUUCCAGCUGGUGGAACUGGGCCCAGGGAGGGGAACUCUUGCUGAUGACAUAUUACGGGUCUUCAACCAGCUUUCCUCUUUACUUAGUAAAUGUGAUGUCUCUGUUCAUCUGGUAGAAGUGAGUCCCAAACUCAGCGAGAUCCAAGCGUUGAUGCUGACAGGAGGGAAGGUACAGUCAAACUCUGAGGACAGUUCUGCUUACAUGGAAGGCGUUAGCAAGACUGGAAUUCCCAUUUUCUGGUACAGAGACAUUCAAGAUGUGCCGCCAGGUUACAGCUUUUACUUAGCACAUGAGUUUUUUGAUGCCCUGCCAAUACAUAAGUUUCAGAGAACAGAGAGAGGCUGGCGUGAAGUGCUGGUUGAUAUAGAUCCAGAAGUUCCUGACCAGCUGCGGUUUGUCCUGUCACCAUCCAGUACCCCUGCGACAGAAAACUUUAUUCAGCCUGAAGAAAAGAGAGAUCAUGUGGAAGUGUGUCCCGAGGCUGGUGUCAUCAUUCAGAGGCUCGCCUGUCGUAUAGAGAAGGAUGGUGGCGCUGCACUGAUUGCAGAUUAUGGUCAUGAUGGAACCAAAACUGACACUUUCCGGGGUUUCCGGAAUCACAAACUUCACGAUGUACUGAAAGCUCCAGGUACAGCAGACCUGACAGCAGAUGUUGAUUUUAGCUAUCUUCGAAAGAUGGCACAGGGCAGAACAGCUACAUUGGGCCCCAUAAAACAGCGGGAGUUUUUAAAAAACAUGGGCAUUGACCUCCGAAUGCAGGUGCUUUUGCAGAAUUCACGUGACACAGCAACUCAUGAACAGUUACUCCACAGUUAUGAUACGUUGAUGAAUCCUGAGAAAAUGGGAGACUGUUUUAACUUUUUUGCCCUGCUGCCCCAUCAUAGACUUGCACAGCCUGACAAGAAACAAAAGCUAGAAUCGAAGUCUCCUAUACCACCUGUUGCUGGAUUUGAAUCACCACGUUGGAAAGGACCCGCUGGAUCAUUGAGUCCAACCAUUCCUAACACUCCCUUAAACCACGUCCCUAAGCACUUCAUCAACCCAUUCCUUAAACACCUCCAGGGAAGGCGACUCGACCACCUCCCUGGGCAGCCUGUUCCAGUGCCUGAUGACUCUUUCUGUGAAAAAUUUUUUCCUGAUAUCCAGCCUGAACCUCCCCUGGCAGAGCUUGAGACCAUUCCCCCUUGUCCUGUCCCCUGUCACUUGGGAGAAAAGGCCAGCUCCCUCCUCUCCACAACCUCCUUUCAGGUAGUUGUAGAGAGUAAUAAGGUCUCCCCUCAGCCUCCUCUUCUCCAGGCUAAACAACCCCAGCUCUCUCAGCAGCUCCUUAUAAGACUUGUUCUCCAGCCCCCUCACCAGCUUUGUUGCUCUUCUCUGGACACGCUCCAGAGCCUCAACAUCCUUCUUGUGGUGAGGGGCCCAGAACUGAACACAGUACUCAAGGUGCGGUCUCACCAGUGCCGACUACAGAGGGAGAAUAACCUCCCUGGACCUGCUGGUCACCCCGUUUCUGAUACAAGCCAAGAUGCCAUUGGCCUUCUUGGCCACCUGGGCACACUGCUGGCUCAUGUUCACUCGGCUGUCAACCUAUGUGUUAAUCAUAUAUAUAUUACUAAUAACAAAGCUGGCACUGUAGAGCUCUAUAGAGACCAACCUCGUACACUUCUAGAUUGUUCAGACCUGACUUUUAGACCCAGUUUUUGUUUCAUCUGUUAGUGUUUCAAAACUAAAAUUCCAGAUUCAGCUUUGAACCAUUUCUGUAAUUAUAUUUUAAAUAAAGUAAGUUUUGAGAUCAGCCUUCAGCAAAUACUCACACGUAAUUUAACUUUUUAUUGGGAAUUUGGGAAGUUUCAGGUUAUUUAUACCAUACCUCCCGCAUGCAAUUAGUUUUUCUCGCUAAAUCUACUGGCUCCUGCUACCCUGAAAAUGAUCUAAUAUGUUACACUUGACAAUUCAUCUUGCACAAACAGAUGCCAGCUCAUAUUUAUCCAUCUUGUCAUAGUCUACUUAACUCAAUCAUAGACUCAUAGAAUGGUUUGGGUCGGAUGGGACCUUAAAGAUCAUCUAGUUCUCCUGCAUCAGGUUGCUCAAAGCCCCAUCCAACCUGGACUUGAACACCUCCAGGGAUGGGGCUUCUGCAACUCCACUGGGCAACCUGUUCCAGUGCCUUACCACCCUCACAGUAAAGAAUGUCUUCCUACUACCUAAUCUAAAUCUCCCCUCUUUCAGCUUAAAACCAUUACCCCUCAUCCGAUGAGUGCACUCCCUGAUAAAGAGGCCCCGUCAACUUUCCUGUAGGCAAACUAUCAAUACUAAAACUAUCAAAUAAUCAAAUAGCAAUAAUAUUUAAACUCAAACUAUCAACAAUGCUCACACUUCUAUUUGAAUGAACUUUGAGCUUUAAGCAUUUGAAUAUGUAAUCUACAUAUAAAGACAUCUUAAUAG